UCUAUCACUGCCCCGGAUCGCUUGCGGGGCUCGGGGCUCUCCUCUGACCACCUGCCCACCCUGCGCACCCCUUUGGCCACCUUGGGUGCAUUCCUGCAGGGGUUGUGGUCGUAGAUCACCAGCUUCAGGCCGGGAAGCACUGACCUCCUGUGAUUGAUUGACCUGGCGAGUGGCCCUCAGCUGACAACAGGCCAUAAAAAAGGGACUUCUGAGUAAAGGAGUGUCAUUAGACUCUGAACCUCUUGGAGCCAUGCGGGCAAUACUGUUGGCUGUGGUUUACAUCCCGCUCAUCGUGGCUGUGGAACGAAUCCCCUUGAUUCGAUUCAAAUCUAUCAAGAAACAGCUGAAGGAAAAGGGAGAAUUAGAGGAAUUUUGGAGGAAUCACCACCCUGAUGUUUUUGCCCGGAGGUAUCUGCAUUGUUUCCCCGCAGAUAUUGCUUUAUCAGUAGGAACUGCUUCAGAAAGGCUGUAUGAUUACAUGCAUGCGCAGUACUACGGCGUUGUGAGCGUGGGGACCCCGCCCCAGAGGUUCACCGUCGUGUUCGACACCGGCUCCUCCAACUUCUGGGUCCCGUCCGCCUACUGCAUCAGCGAGGCCUGCAGGGUGCACCAGAAAUUUAAGUCCUUCAAGUCAGAUUCAUAUGAGCACGGAGGGGAAGCCUUCUCCCUGCAGUAUGGCUCAGGACAGAUGCUGGGCAUUGCUGGCAAAGACACACUGCAGAUAAGUAACAUCUCCAUCAAGGGACAGGACUUCGGCGAGUCUGUGUUUGAGCCAGGAGCAACUUUUGUCCUUGCCCACUUUGAUGGUGUACUGGGCUUAGGCUACCCCUCCUUAGCAGUGGGCAAUGCUCUGCCUGUGUUUGACAGCAUCAUGAACCAGAACCUGGUAGAGGAGCCAGUCUUCUCUUUCUAUCUGAAAAGAGGAGACGACACUGAGAAUGGCGGUGAGUUGAUUCUGGGGGGAAUAGACCAUUCUCUCUACAAAGGUUCAAUCCACUGGGUCCCAGUCACUGAGAAAAGCUAUUGGCAAAUACACAUGAACAACAUAAAGAUCCAGGGCCGGGUGGCAUUUUGCUCCCACGGCUGCGAGGCCAUCGUUGACUCAGGCACUUCUCUUAUCACCGGCCCCUCUUCACAAAUCAGGCGAUUGCAGGCAUAUAUCGGGGCAAGUCCAUCAAAUACUGGAGAGUUUCUCGUAGACUGCAGAAGACUGUCGAGCUUGCCUCACGUUAGCUUCACGAUCGGACACCGCGAGUACAAGCUGGCAGCAGAGCACUACAUCAUAAAGGAGUCUAUUGAUGACCAAACCUUCUGCAUGAGCGGCUUUCAGUCUCUCGACAUCCCCACUCGCACGGGCUCGCUCUGGAUUUUAGGAGAUGUCUUCAUGUCUGCAUUUUACUGUAUUUUUGACCGUGGGAACGACAGAGUGGGAUUUGCAAAAGCUGUUCACAGAAAGGAUUACUACUGAGCUGUAAUAGCAUUUAUUCUGUCUUAAGUUAAUGUAAUGAUCUUCAACACAUGUGUGAAGAAGAGCUUUUACUGCAACUCUGAACCUAAAUAACACUGUGUUGUUCCUCUAUAAGUUUUAAGGACUUUGCAGUGAUCCUUGUCUCAGAUGAUAUAAUUUGGAUAGAUAUGUUUACAUCGGUGAAACAAUUUUUCCUGAGUAACUCAUGGAACUACAGUAACUCAGUAACUACACCUCUCAGGAUAAAGCAGCAGAGCAGCGCAGCGCUCAGAUUUGCAAAAGAUCAAGAAGAAUAAAAAUGCUGAACUGUGUCAGGCUGAAAAGAUAGCAGUUGUGUGUGAGGGAAAACUAAUCCUAAUCCUGCCUGGUCUGGCUAUCUUUUUUUCUUCUUGUGUGCUAGUUUCCACCUCAUUUCCUACAGCUUUCCUUUCCAUCAUUAUUUUCCAUGGUUUGGGUUUUGUUCAACUUCGUUUCCUGAGUGCCAUGGAAAUCCUCUUUAAAUUAGCUUGCUCCAACCAGCUUAUAUAAAAGGGAAUUUGACUGAUGCCUGUGUGGCCACUAAUUUCAACUAUUGUUCCUUGCACCACCUCUCAAACCUGCUUUUUCCCUGGGAUUAAUUAUACCUUGGUAAUUCUCCUUUUUUGUGUCUUGGCAUUUGACGUCCAUGCCUUAGGUCAGGUGCCGGAUUUAGUGCCUGACUCCUCUCCCCCUCGGCUGUGUGAGCAGCUGGAGCAGCAUCCAUUCACAUCAGAAACCCAGACUGCAGCCCAUGCAAAGGGAUACCAGUGUUCCUCCGCCUCAGAUGAGUCAUGGGACCCGUGCACCAGCACUACACAUCUACUGCCCCUUGCUCAGCCACUUGUCAGCAGUAGCAGGAGUUUCAGAUGAAACAGCCACAGGCAGCUGUGCUGAUUUGGCAGAAGAUUCACCUAAAUUCUACCCAUUGGGUUAUUUGUUUGGAUUGCUAAAGCUGGUACUACCCCCAUACACAUGAAUAAAACUUAACCAAACAAAAGCUGCUUUAUCUUAGUGGCAUUUCUGUUACAUUUUAUGUUUCUUUACAGUGCUGAGAAGAAGGGGAGUUGAGGGUAGAACGACAAGUGAAAAUUCAGGUUGCUCUUUGUCCUGGAGGAAAAAAAAAUGUGUUGGCAUGUUGGGGCUGCUUGUAUCUUUCUAAAGCCUGCAAAUGUCUGCAGUCCCAGCCAUGUGCACUGGGCACCUCCCCAGCAGGGCAGAGCCAUGGGCAGAUGGAGACUGGCCCCAUGGUGGCAUUGCUGGACAGAGGUUGGUGGCCCCCAGGCACUUGCUACUGCUGUCUGGAUGUGCCUGGCACAGACCAGAGGCAAUAUCCAUUGCUGGCCUUGGUGACAUCACAAUCACAGCCCCUUAGAUUUUAAGUUUUCAGUUGCAAGACUCAAUAAGUAUUACAAAGACAGAAUGGUUUUCCUGUAGGUAUCUCUUAAAUACUGAUCUUGCCUUCCAAUAUGAAAUAAUCUUUGUCCCUGGUGCCUGUUUCCAUGGCUCUAUUUGCAGCCACAUUGUGUUACACAUUUGGCAUCCAGGCCAUCACCCUCUAGCAAAGGAGACUCUGCUGCCAGCUGUCUCUUUCUGCAUAUGAGACUGGGCUGUGUGAACCUACCCUGUUUCAGGCCAAUCUUGCCUUGAUUCCCUUUUGUCCAUGUCACUCUUAAAGAAUGGAUUGACCAUGAGCUAAGUUAUUUGUCUAGAAAAUGUCAUUUGUUUGGUCAUGAGCCAAGACAAACAAACAUCUCUAAAGGCCCAUUCCUCAUUUAAGAGCAGCAGGGUAUUUUUGUUUUCUCUACUGUGCAGCGUACUUAACACUCUGGUACAUUUCAUUAUAUAUACAAUAUGUAUAUGUUCCUCAAAUAUGAGUUUGCAGUCAGAGUUAGAGAUCUGUUAUUUACAACAGAAGAUUUUAAGGGUAUUGGGACAUGUUCCCACAGCCAGUCAGUCCCAGCACUGACAUCCUGGAUCUAUAAAUUUCAGCACAGAGUAGAAACACAUCCUAGAAACAGGUGGAAAGUCAGGCAGCAUGCACAGGGACUAACCCUCUCUUUGUUCUGAUAUAUCUGAUCUUGCUCGAGAUUAACACCAUCUGAUGGGAACAAACUGCUGCUCUGACCUACUUGUCUAUCCUGGCCCUGUUCUAUCCUUGUCCAACUUUGCCAGCUUCUGUAAGUGCCUUGCUGUUCCUGGUAGACAUCAAGUUGAUUUGCAUGAUAGGUCAAACCCUUGCCAGAAGUGCUUCUUGAGAGUUCAGUAAAACCAGGAGGAUGGUGUGUCUCAAAGUGCCUUUAUUCAUGCAAUAAUUCAACAUUGCUUAUACGUGUGAACAUGAGUUGUGGAUUGUUGGAUUUGCUGAAAUACUCCAUUUAGCAUGCUAAGGCAAAUAGUUUACUGAGAGAAGUAUGCAAGAGAGCACAUAAUCCCAAAAGAUAAUUUAAUACAGAUCAGGGUACACUGGUGUUUGCCAAAGUGAGAUAGACUAAAUGACGAGAGGAAAUUUUUCUGGUAAGUCACCCCAGCACUAGCUUCUUUAGAAGCAAUGAACAGAAUACUGCAGCUAACCUGGAGCUGGCCCACUGUGUGAAAUGCUGGUGUACUACAGAUUGAAUUGCGUGACUUCAGAGCUGUAAUUCCUAAUUUAGCAUGCAUCUACAUGUGUAAGGGACACCUAUGUGGGGCUUAACUGAAGCUCUUACCUACCUAAUGGCUGCUGUGAGGCCACCCUGAGCCUCCAUCAACACUGUUGCAGGGCCAGGGAGUGCUGGCAGAGCGAGUGGGAGAGGUAGCAAAACUAUUUCUGAUUAGCUGUAUAAUGUUGUGGUGGACAGCAGCAGUGUGCAUCCUGGGCAGCAGCCAGGCUGAGAUGAUGAGCAGAGCUCGAUGAUGAUGAGAAGCUGGGAAGGCUUGUCACACUUAGCAGUGCUGGGGUGAAACAAACUGAUGUCUGGGUUGGGGACAAAGAGCAUUUUGGUCCAAUACCUUAAGCCCUGGUGGAAGCUGUGUGAAGGAUUAGAGGGAGCAGGUAUGGUGGGACAGGACUCCCAGUGCAGAUUUGUGGUGGACACUUGAGAGUCAUCUCUAAUUUCUGGCUCAAGUUCCCUUACAGUGUGAAGCACAGCUCUUCGAGCUGAUGUACUGUAAGGAGAGAGGUAGAUUAUGGGCCAGACUGCCUUCACAGCUGCUGAAAACCCUUCCUAUACAUGCCUGCCUGGCAGGGGUAUGGCCAAACUCCCCAGAAACUUGUACUGCUCUCCUGACAAAAGUGCAGCAGUUACUUUGACUUUGUUUCUAGUUGUGUGACUGGAGCUGUCUGGCUGUCCUUAAAAUUUAUUGUUUGUAUUUAAAAUUAGCCAUUUAUUUAAGUUAAGCACAUUGAUAAAUUAAGUUCCUUGACAGUUGCAGAUGCAAUUAGAUUGAGAAACAUUUAAUUGAAAAGUGUGGCUUCAGCUACAAGAAAAAGGGAAUCAGGAGGAAAACUUCCAGAAGUUGCAAAAGAUCCAUUCAGAAAAUUGGACUGCUAGGCUAAGACGCUGUUUAUUUCUGUAUAAUUUCACUCUGCAGAGUUUUUCAUUUUGUUGGUCAAACCCAAACAUAGCAACCUGAAUUGCCUGAAGACUUCUUGUGGAGUAGCAAGUGUGAGGUUGCACCAGUAUGCCUGACUCCAAACUGUGAUCAAAUUUCAAUAAGCUGCUGUCAGACACUAGUGUCACCUCAUCUCAUGGUGUGAAGAAGUCCUUCCAUAGGUGCCUGGCAAAUCUGUGCUUGGCUUUCCUGCAUAAAUGGAAUUCACAUAAUAUGAGUUUAAACAGUGUUUCCUUGGGCCAAGUGUCCUCUGCUUCCUAAACAGACAGGAUACAUGUGUUGUUGUCUAGUGUCUUUGGAGGGUUUGAAAGCGUGGUGCUGCUCAGACCGUGCCAAUAUACACCAGCAGGAGCCAAUUUCCAGGCUGAAAUAAAGCUGGAAGAAGUACAAGUGGGGAGGGCAGUUGAUUUUUGUUCAAAGCCUACCCAGAUGAGAUAGGGUCCUGCUGUAUGUGACACCAGCUAGAAGGGCUCCUCACCUAAGUGGCCUUAGGAGCAGGAGCAGGCAGGUCUGUUCAUUCCCUUCUCAGGAUCAGGGAGUCCUAAAGUCUCCCAGGAGCCACUGGUGUUACCAGUUACCAUGGCAGAGAGGCUGGUUUGUUUUUUGAAGUGCAAUCUUCUGAGCAAGAGAGCUGGGUGAAUUUUCUGCCCAUGCAGUCCAUACUGCUUUUGCUGGUUGUUGCAGACUCUUAACUUUUGGUCCCCCCUCUCUGUUCUUUCAGUCCCUGAGCUACCUUGUCUCUCCCUUGUCUGUCCUCUACUCACUGACGGGAGAAUGCUGGCAAUAUGCUCCAGACUGCACUUUUGUAAAUAUGGGUGAGAGCUAAACCCAAGGAGCUGUGGCUGCUUUCCCGGCCUACUUUCAGACUUCUUUUGCAGGAGUGAUAGCUGAAAGUCCAGGUCACUAUCAGCAGGUUUAGGGAGGUGGCUUGGUCAUCCCUGGAGUAGCAGGAGACACCAGUGCUGACUCAGGUUUGGGUCAAUUAAGAAGUGGUACAUCUAGUUAGCAUGGGAAUGGGGGAGAGGUUUAGGAAGUGGAGACCAGUUUUGGUAGGAGUCAUGGGUCACUUUGUUGUUUGCCUGGGAUGCCUACAGCCUGUGCACUUCCAGCUGAAGAUCUCCACAAGAGUGGAGCCCUAGGCUUAGUUGCACCUGCAGCUCCAUCACCUCUUGAGAGAGUGCUGCAGCCCUGUCAUCCCUAGGGAAGCUGCCAGGGAGCCUCAUUUUACAAUAAACUGUCACUGGGUAUGCCACAUAUGUGCUCCAAGGCUCAGACAUCCCAUGCCCAGCUCAUCAGCUAUUUUGCAUCUACCUUUAGUUAAAGUGAAAUUAAACAUUAAAUCCUUUUAUUUAUUCUACUCUUUAGUGGCAUAGUUUUAUCAGGAGUGGGGCAGAAUUCUGUCCUACACAAAUGUGGGGCCUGAGAGAUGAUGGGCAGAAUUUCUCCAGGCUGAAAAAGGACCAGACCCUCAUCUUGCCUUUGAGCCACUUGAGUA